CUUUUGACAGUAAAAUUAUGUUUCUCGCAUGGCUCGUUCGUUUGCUAUCGCAUAAGCAUUGUCAUAUUACACAAUCUACCGGAGGCAUUUACAUGAGAUAUAUUCAAUUGGAUUUCCCGAAAAAUACACUGUAUUGUAAGUCGAGCUCAGCACAGCACAGUUUAUAUAGUACCACUAGUGUUUUCAAAAAAGCCAAAAAACGACAUGGAGAUGUCUCUAGAUAAUCUUUCAUCCGUUCAGAAGGAUGAGCUAAUGAGUCAGGUUAAACAACAGAUUGCUUUAGCCAAUGCACAGGAACUGCUGACCAAAAUGACAGAAAAAUGCUUCAAAAAGUGCAUAGGUAAACCUGGUACUGAAUUGGAUAGCUCCGAGCAGAAAUGCAUCGCAAUGUGUAUGGACAGGUACAUGGAUUCAUGGAAUUUGGUUUCACGAACAUACACCCAGCGCAUACAACGGGAGCAGUACAAAGGGUAGAUAUUUAAACUAGGUCGAAAUGUAAAGAAAUACAUCGUAAAACAUGUAAAAGCACUUAGAAUAAAAUACGACACAUUUAAGACACUAAA